AUGGGCUGCGGCACGAGCAAGCCGGGUCCCGGCACGAGAAAACCGGGUCUGACCGACGAGGAGCUGAAGAAUUGGCGCGAGUUCGGCGGCGGCGACCUGGAGCCGGUCCUCGCGAACGGCGCCGUCGCACUCCUCGACGCGCAGUGGAUCAUCAGCCACGCCGAGGCGGGCGGCGUCCUCACUCACCGCCAGGCGCUGCCCGACGAGGCCCUCCUCUCCCUCGCCGACCUCAUCGAGGCGACCAACGAGAAUGUUGACUUCCGGAGCAGGGAAUUGAGCGCCGCGCCGUCAUUCCCCGUCGCCGCGCUCUCCUACCCGUGGCUGACCAAGGACCACCCCGACCCGUGCGGAGCCAACCUCGCCCGCGUCGCAAGGGCGCUCAAGGCUCUGCUCAGCCUCGGCCACUACUCGCGGCUAGGCGUCUUUUGGGACUUUGGUUCGCUGCACCAGCACCCCGACCCCACCAACGGCAUCAUGCGCACCGAGGAGCAGAACGCGCUCUUCAAGCAGGGGCUGGGCUGCCUCGGCACGCUCUACUCCCACCCGCAGACAACCGUGCUGCGGCUGACCUCCUUCCCGGACGGCCACGAGACGGAGGACCAGGCAGAGGGCACCAACGUGGCCAAGUACGUUGACCGCGGCUGGUGCGCCACCGAGAGCGCCUGGUCGAGCCUGACCAAGGCCGGCGCCCUCUCGCUCGACCUCGGCUUGAUGCGCGACGGCGAGGAGUACGACUACUACAGCCUCCGACACGAAUGCACCAGG